AAAUUAUAUUGAAUAUAAUUUUGCGUAAACAUGAGAAGACAAAAAGUCAGGCCUUAUUUAGGGGUAAAAGUGAUGAAACACGUCAAAUAACUGAGCACUGAUAUUGCUGAGUUGUAUGUUCAUCAUGGAGAGUAGCAGUAAUUGGUACGAAAGGUCAAAGCCAUUCAUAGCUGUUACUUUUCUUCAGUUUGGAUUUGCAGGCAUGGAUGUUCUAUCCAAAGCUGCUAUGAACAAAGGGAUGAGCAACUACGUCCUCGUCGUCUAUCGCCACCUCGUUGCCUUCUUCGCCAUAGCUCCUUUUGCUCUUUUCCUUGACAAGAAAGUGAGGCCUAAAAUGACAUUUUCAAUCUUCAUGAAGAUAGUGGCACUCAGCAUCCUAGAGCCAGUUAUUGAUCAGAACUUGUAUUUUUUGGGGAUGAAGUACACAACAGCAACUUUUGCUGCUGCCAUGACCAACAUGCUUCCUGCCAUUACCUUCUUCAUGGCUUGCAUUCUUAGGUAAUUAAAUUAAUUAAUAAAUAAACCUCUAGAAAAGAGUUUUAUUGGUUCGGAAUUGAAGAUUCCUUAUUCUAUAUUAGCAUGCUAAUUAAUGUUUGACAUAUGUCAUGCCUGAACAUAUAAUAAAAUCAAUGCAACUUUAAUUAUUUGUUUGCA